CUGUUAUGUAUUGGAUAUACGGCGGGGCACUUACUAUUGGAUCAGUAUUUCAAAGCUUUUAUAACGGGAGUGUUUUGGCCACCAAUGAUGUGGUCAUUGUUUCCGUUAACUAUAGGGUCGGACAGUUAGGCUUUUUAUAUGGUGGCGAUCAGACAACACCCGGUAAUCUGGGAUUUUAUGACCAACUGUUAGGACUGAAAUGGGUUCGAGAUAAUAUUCAUCAAUUCGGUGGAGACAAGGAUCAGAUCACUAUAUUUGGUGAGAGCGCCGGCAGUUGGUCCACAUCGGCACACCUACUCUCACCCCUAUCUAAGGGUCUCUUUAAGAGGGCUAUUGUCCAGAGCGGGACUGAAAUGUUUCAUAAGGAUAGACCAGUUUUGGGAACUGUAGAGGCGUUGAGUAAAGCCAAAGAAACGGCCCGUAAAUUGGGUUGUGAUCCGUAUGAACACAAAUGGUUGGACUGUUUGCGAACCAUCGAAAACCCGGACCUAUUUCUUGAGCCGACUGAGGCUGAAAUUGGUUUUGAUGUGGAUGUGAUGGCCGGUGCGACCAAAGACGAGGGUCAUAUUCUAGCCGUCAGUCAUUUCCCACAAAUGAGGUCUGAGUUCAAUAAAAACAAAUUUCACGAAUUAAUAGAACUCCAGAGAGAGAUCUACCAUAACAUAGACGUCCAGAAAGUGUCCGAUUAUUACCUCCAGAAUAGAGACCCCGAAAAUCCUCAUGACUUACAGCAAGCUUUCGGGGAACUGUAUGGCGAUAUGUUGAUAGUGUGCCCCACCUAUGGGUUUGCCAAGAGAUUUGCCAAAAGUGGUCGAGACUGUUGUCGUGAAUACGAGUUCGGGUGGAGUGAGGGGACAGACACUGAAUGUUGUGAAUCACAAAAUCAAUCANGAGUGAGGGGACAGACACUGAAUGUUGUGAAUCACUUAAUCAAUCAAUUCUUGAAUAUACCUUAUGCUGAGCCCCCGGUGGGCCCACUCAGGUUCAGUCCACCACAACCACUCAAAACACCUAAAAAAGUUCGAGAAAAUAUUCAUCAAUUCGGUGGAGACAAGGAUCAGAUCACUAUAUUUGGUGUGAGCGCCGGCAGUUGGUCUGUAUCGGCACACCUACUCUCACCCCUAUCUAAGGGUCUAUUUAAGAGGGCUAUUGCCCAAAGCGGGGCUGUAAUGUUUCAUAAAGAUAGACCAGUUUUGGGAACUGUAGAGGCGUUGAGUAAAGCCAAAGAAACGGCCCGUAAAUUGGGUUGUGAUCCGUAUGAACACAAAUGGUUGGACUGUUUGCGAGCCAUUGAGGACCCGAACCUAUUUCUGGAGCCGACUGAGGCUGACGUUGCUUUUGAUGUCACGUGGCCUGUAUUUGGCACUGAAUUCCUACCCCUUUUACCACAAAAGGCUUUUGAAACUAACGAAUAUAAUUCCGAUGUGGAUGUGAUGGCCGGUGCGACCAAAGACGAGGGUCCUAUGCUAGCAACGAUGCUGUUCCCACAAUUGAGGGCUGAUUUCAAUAUAAAGAAAUUUCACGAAUUAAUAGAACUCCAGAGAGAGAUCUACCAUAACAUAGACGUCCAGAAAGUGUCCGAUUAUUACCUCCAGAAUAGAGAUCCUGAAAAUCUGCAUGACUUACAACGAGCUUUCGGGGAACUGUAUGGCGAUUUGUUGAUGGUGUGCCCCACUUAUGGGUUUGCCAAGAGAUUUGCCAAAAGUGGUCGGGAUGUCUAUUUUUAUAGAUUUAAUUACCAGACAAAUAGUUUUGCAAUGUUUGGUUGCGAUGAACAUACCAUAUGUCACGGCGCAGACAUCGCCUAUGUUUUUGGUGAACCCGUUCAGAAUCCACAGAAGUUUACGGAAACGGAUUAUGAUUUCAGUUUAGAUAUCAUUAAAAUAUGGACUAAUUUUGCUAAAAAUAUGUAA